AUGCUAGACAAUGAGAUGUAUGCCAGAUACAGAUAUGCAAAUGGUGGAAUAGAUUAUCUAGAGGAUUUGCUGAAGGAAUCGCUGGAAAGAACGACAAGAAGAAACAGAGCACUUACUGUUAGACAGAUGAUUCUGAUUACGUUGCGCUUCUUCGCCACAGGAGCAUUUUUUAACAUCAUUGGUGAUAGCAUGGGCUACCACAAGUGCACUGUGUCACGUGUUGUAGCCCAAGUAACAGAAGCAAUUUGUGGUCACAUACAUCAGUUUGUGAUGUGGCCUGAUGCCAAUGCUCGAGCAUGGAAUAUGACAGAAAUUUUUAAGAAAGCUGGUUUCCCGAAUGUUGUUGGAUGUGUAGACGGAACACAUAUCCGAAUCCAGGCGCCAUCCGAAGACGAACCAGCCUUUGAAAAUUUACAUGCAAAUGCAAGCUGGCCUGGGUCGUGCCACGACGCGCACGUCUUCAGAACGUCGGGAUUGGCAGCCAAACUGACCAUUGAAUAUGUGGCGUUUUCCGAUGGUGACCUUUUAGGAGACAGUGAGUAUGAACAUGAAAAGUACGCCCUGAAGCCAUUCCUCAUGACCCCUUUUAUUAGGGUUGACUGUGAAGCAACGGAAAGAUAUCAACAAGCACACACUCGGACAAAGGCCUGCAUCGAGAGAGCAUUUGGCAGGCUUAAGAGGAGAUUUCAUGUUUUACAUUCAAUACACCUCAGACCAGAAAAGGCAUGCAAGGUAGCUGUGGCAUGUGUAAUCCUACAUAAUAUUGCAGUGGACAUGAACAUGCCUAUGGACGACGAUGAGUUCAUUCAGCCACAGAAUGGGAAUGAUGGAGUACACCACGAUGGUGGUACUGGCGUUGCCACUAGAGACUUCAUUGUGGAAAACUUCUUCUCUGUGUAG